AGGUGCGUUGUUGAAUUCCUGAUAUCUUUGUGUGCUUGCUGUGACAAGGUCGAUCGCACGUGUGUUUUCUUCUGUUCCUAUUUCACGAUGUUGGGAUCCUGUAUUGCUUGAUUUGGCAUCUUGGUUGUUCCAGAGUUGCAUUUUCUUGCCUCUGAUCGUCGUCUGGGUUUUAAGAUGUCCAGUUCGAGUGGUCAGAACCCGGAUGAGAAUUCUUCCUCUGGAAAUCAUGGAAAGAAGCCAGAAGGUCCGUUGCGAGACAAGGGCAAGAAGCCAAAGCCGGAUAAGCAGCAGCCGACUCAAACAGUGAAUGAAGAAGAGGAAGAAGACGCACUUUCGCAGGCACUGAAGCAGCUUAUGCUUUCCCGUCCAGCACCAAAGGCAGAUGCGGAAGCCAUGCCCAAGAUUGCAGCUGGGAUUCGUGACGGCAAAAUCAAGAAAAUUGUUGUUCUUGCUGGUGCUGGGAUAUCCACAGCUGCUGGUAUCCCCGACUUCCGCUCACCAGGGACUGGAUUAUAUGACAAUUUGGCCAAACUUGAUCUCCCGUACCCGGAAGCUGUGUUUGAAAUUCGAUUCUUCAAGAAGAAUCCAAAGCCCUUCUUCGCGCUCGCGAAGGAAUUGUAUCCCGGUGGUUACAAACCGACACUCAGCCAUUACUUCAUCCGACUGCUUCAAGAUAAGAAGCUGCUGGUCCGCCACUACACACAAAACAUUGACGACUUGGAGAAGGUCGCCGGAGUGUCGGACGAAUUCCUGGUUCAAGCCCACGGCACUUUCUCCACCUCGCAUUGCAUCAAAUGCAAGAAAGCCUAUGACUCUGACUGGGUGAAGCCGCGCGUGUUUCGAGACGAAGUACCCAAGUGUGAAUCGUGUGGUGCUAUUGUGAAGCCGGACAUUGUGUUCUUUGGCGAGAACUUGCCCGACAGGUUCUACGACUUACUCCAGAUUGACUUCCGCGAUCCCGACUUGCUCAUUGUGAUGGGCACUUCUUUGGCCGUGUCCCCGAUCAACAUGUUGGUGGGCCGGAUUCCAGCCUCGUGUCACAAACUACUCAUCAAUAGAGAGAUGGUGGGCGAGGAGUUGUUUGCGAUGCGAAGCAGCAAGAGCGAUCGAGACGGUGUUUUCGGAGCGUUCAUUGGCAAUUCAGAUGACGGAUGCCAGGAAUUGGCAGAAUUGCUGGGAUGGGGUUCUGAACUGAAGGAACUACAUCAGCGUGGACAUGAAGCGGGAAAAUCUGGGAAGGGCAAGGAGGCCAAUUCUGCAAGUAAGCCUGCUGAGUCGUGAAAUUUUUUUUUUCGUUUGGAAAUCGACUCGCGUCUCUUAAUCUGAAUGCCAGUGAAUGAUACCGUUGCAAAUUGAUUGACUCUUGUAUCUGUUAUUUUUAUUGUGCUGAAUAAUAGGGGGUUGUAUCACGGUCAG